UCUUCGGUUAUCACAAAGCGGAUUUCAUCUUCCAUUUUCAGUCUUCUCUACUGAUCUCGGUUCUCGUUCACUCAGAUUCUCAGAGAGUGGAGCUUUCGCUUUCGUCAAGAUGUUCGUGAAGAAACUCGUCGAGAAGGCUUCGCGGAAGACAGGAAGCACCCUUGAUGGUGUGAAAGGAAGCGAGGUGGAACCACGCCUUGCCUUCCACUAUGGCAUUCCAUCAGGCUCUACUAUUUCUGCUUAUGACUCAAUACAGAAGAUUCUUGCUCUUUCUACCAGCGAUGGUCGAAUUAAGCUAUUUGGAAAAGAUAACACUCAAACUCUACUUGAAUCUAAGGAGGCAACUCCUAGCAAGUUUUUGCAAUUCAUGGAGAACCAGGGAUUCCUUCUUAACGUUACUUCAAAGAACCAAAUUGAGGUAUGGGAUAUAGACAGGAAGCUGUUGUCACAUGUGCAUGUUUUUGAGGAAGAAAUCACCUCAUUCACGAUCUUGCAACAAAAUCCGUAUAUGUUCGUUGGAGAUUAUCUCGGUAAUGUUUCAAUUUUGAAGCUUGACCAAAGUCUCGGCAACAUAGUACAAAUGAAUUACAUCAUACCUGUUUCAGCCUCACGGGGAAAUCCAGCUGAUGUUACCAGUGACACCUCUGUAAACCACAUACUACCACAACCGACCACUGAAUUCAAGAGAGUGCUGCUAAUAUUCAAGGAUGGUUUGAUUGUUUUGUGGGGAAUUAAAGAAUCCAAAUCUAUUUUCAUCACGGGGGGAAAUAACAUGCUAUCUUCAUAUCAAGAAGCAAAGAAGGUGACUUCUGCAUGUUGGGUUUGCCCUUUAGGAAGCAAAGUUGCUGUAGGAUAUAGCAAUGGAGAUGUUUUAAUAUGGGCCAUUCUUUAUGGCCAAAAUCCAAAAGCUGAAUCAGCUUCAGAGAAUAGCGGUCGCUCUGGUCCUUUAUACAAGCUUAAUCUCGGAUAUAAGUUGGACCAAAUUCCUAUUGCAUCGCUGAGGUGUGAUUAUAUGGAUGCAAAAACAAGUCGACUAUAUGUUAUGGGCGCCUCUUCAGACUCCCUGCAGGUAGUGUUGUUAAAUGAGCAAAUUGAAGCUCGCAUGAUCAAAUUGGGGCUACAGUUGUCCGAAGCUUGCAUUGACAUGGAAAUCAUUUCAAGCCUCAGUGAUCACAGCAAGAACAAACAAGAUUAUCUACUAUUGCUUGGAAAAUCUGGGUGUGUUUAUGCCUAUGAUAAUUGCUUGAUUGAGAAAUAUCUCCUACAACAAUGCCAAUCCAGGUCGGCUACCUCACUUCCAAAGGAGGCUAUGCUUAAGAUUCCGUUGCUUGAUUCAAACAUAACUGUGGCAAGAUUUUUCACCAAUAAUUCUUGUUCUCUACAUCCUUCAGAUGAGGAUUACAUUCAGCGGAUAAAGGACAUUUCUUCCCUUGUUCUUUCUGAGCCAAAACCAAAGGAAGUAGUAACAUAUUUGAAUACGGUCGAAUUUGGUGGAUUUUCUAAGGUUGAGAAUCUGUAUAUAUCAGGACAUAAUGAUGGAAGCGUAAAUUUUUGGGAUGCAUCAUGUCCAAUUUUUAUCCCAAUCCUUUCACUACAACAACAGAGUGAGGAUGAUUUUUCUUUAAGUGGAAUACCAGUGACAGCAUUGCAUUUUGAUGGCAAUUCCCAAAUUCUUAUUUCUGGAGACCACAGCGGAACGGUCCGUAUCUUUAAAUUUCGACCAGAAUCUUAUGCGGCAGACAACAGUUUUAUGCCUUUCCAAGGCAGUACAAAGAAACGGAACAAUCAUAUUAUCCAGAGUGUUAAACUUGUACAAGUUGAUGGUUCAGUACUUGUAAUUAGCAUCAGCCCCAGAUCAAAUCAUCUUGCUGUUGGAACUGAUAAAGGAUAUAUUUCUCUGUUCGAUAUACAAGGGUCGAGUCUGAUAUAUCAAAAACGCAUCGCCAGUGUCAUUUCUUUGCAGUUUGAGAGCUGCAAUUUGCAGGGUUUUGAGAAAAAUGUUCUCACUAUUGCAACAAAGGAUUCUUCUAUUUUGGCUCUUGAAAGUGAAACGGGGAAUACAUUGAGUGCUAACAUGGUUCAUCCCAAGAAACCCUCCACAGCUCUAUUCAUGCAGAUUUUAUAUGGACAAGAUGCAUCAACCAGAGGGUCAGUCAUGUCAGACGAUCUUAAACCGGGGAAACGGAGCAGCAGCAGCAGCAGCAGUCCAGCAGUGGAUGGUGUGCCAAGACAGCCGUUGGUAUUACUAUGUUCUGAGAAAGCUGCGUAUAUCUAUUCCUUCGUGCAUGCUGUUCAGGGACUAAAGAAGGUUCUUUACAAGAAGAAGUUUCACUCAUCAUGUUGUUGGGCUUCCACCUUCUACACUACCUCAGAUGUUGCCCUCUUCCUUGUUUUUGGCAAUGGCAAAAUUGAAAUAAGGUCCUUGCCGGAGUUCUCUCUCUUAAAGGAGACUACAGUAAGAGGCUUCAACUAUUCUCCUUCAAAACUUGAUUCGUUGCCUGAAACCACUGCAUGUUCUUCCAAGGAUGGAGAACUUCUUGUGGUGAAGGUGAUCAAGAAAUUUUUGUCAUCUCGGUAUUGUCCUAAGAAGAGCUUUAGGAUCAUGGACUCUGUCAGUCACAUAUACAGGAAAGAUUACGUGAUUCCACCGGAAGGGUCCAAUGCACACAAGGAGAAAAAGAAGGGGGGUAUAUUUACUUCUGUUUUCCAAGAGAUUUCUGGAAGCAAAGCAAAGCAGGCUCCUGAUAUGGAAGCAGAAGAUAGUAGAGAAAGUGUUGAAGAACUUAGCGUAGUGUUUUCAGCUUCCAACUUCCACAGGGAUGUUAAGACUGCUGAAGAUACUGAAAAGUUGGUCGAAAAUGAGGACGAGCCUGCGUUGGAUAUAGAUGACAUCGAAAUUGAAGAUGCUGUUGAAAAACCAAAAGAACAGAGCAUGUUGGGUUCUCUCAAUAAGCAAAAGUUGGCCAAUACAUUUAAUUCUUUUAAAGGAAAGCUAAAACAGAUGAAGGCGAAGACAGAGAAGAACUCGAGCAAGGAAGAGCAAGUUGAUUGGAAUACAGCCGCAGAUAGUAAGGCAGGUGCAGUUGAUCAGAUCAAGAAGAAGUACGGGUUUUCAUCAGCCGGUGAAACAAGUGAUGCAAAGAUGGCAGAAAGCAAGUUGCAGGAGAAUGCAAAAAAAUUACAGGGAAUCAACCAAAGAGCUACAGAAAUGCAAGACACAGCGAAGUCAUUUUCAUCCAUGGCAAAUCAAUUACUGCGAACUGCUGAACAACAUGGAACACGUAAUUAACUCUCUAUCAACUUUAUUUUUAUUUAUUGUUUAUAUAUUUUGAUUGCUUUUGUUGUGCAUAAUUAACUUUAAAUUCUAUGUAGCUCCUCGAAAUCUAAAAUUAUUGUACCAAAAUUUCCACUUA